AUGGCGUCGGAGCGAGUUGCUGAGGGCGCAAUCCCCUCGACGCAGCAGCCGCCAAUAAUGGGCGAGAAGGACCAGCAGGCUGGAUAUGACCACGUAAAUGUGGCGCGCAUCGAGGCCACGGAACGUAUCAUUCAGGGCGCCAAGACGGCGACUGAGAAGGAGCAGAAGAUGACACUGCUUCAGGGCAUCCGGCUGUACCCCAAGGCCAUCGCGUGGAGCAUACUGAUCUCGACGUGCAUUGUCAUGGAAGGAUACGAUGUCUGCUUGAUCAACAACUUCUACGCCUUUGACCAGUUCAACAGAAAAUACGGGGAGCCGUUGCCGGGCAGACACGGACAGUGGGAGGUGCCGGCUCCCUGGCAAGCCGGGCUGAGCAAUGGCGCCAAUGUCGGUGAGCUCAUCGGCCUCCUGAUCAACGGGUGGGUAUCGGAGCGUUUCGGAUAUCGAUGGACCGUCAUUGUGUGUCUGAUGCUCAUCAACGCCUGGACGGCUCUCUUCUUUACGGCACAGAACGUCCAGACGCUGCUGGCUGCCGAAAUUCUCUGCGGAAUUCCAUGGGGCGUCUUCCAGACGCUCACCAUCACGUAUGCGUCCGAGGUCUGCCCCGUUGCCAUGCGCGGCUACCUGACAACCUACGUAAAUUUCUGCUGGGGCCUCGGACAGUUUAUCGGAAUCGGUGUCAUCAUGUCGAUGCUGGACCGGAAGGACGAAUGGGCCUACCGAAUUCCAUAUGCCUUGCAAUGGAUGUGGCCCCUUCCGCUCGCCGUGGGCAUCUUCUUUGCCCCCGAGUCUCCUUGGUGGCUGGUUCGGAAAGGCAAACUGAAGCAGGCAAAGGCUGCCUUGCUGCGCCUGACCAGCACCAACCGAGAGACAGACUUUGAUCCGGACGAGACGGUGGACAUGAUGGUGCACACGACGGCUCUGGAGGAGAAGACGACGAGUGGUGCCAGCUACUGGGACUGUUUUAAGGGACACGACCUUAGAAGGACAGAGAUCGUUUGUAUGGUCUGGGCGAUCCAGAACCUCAGUGGCAACUCCUUCUCAAACUACUCCACCUACUUCCUUAGACAGGCGGGACUCCCUCCACAAAGCGCCUACGGCUUCGCGCUGGGUCAGUAUGGGAUGAACAUGGUUGGCGUGUUCGGGGCUUGGUUCCUAAUGAGCCGUGGAAUUGGCCGGCGGUCCCUGUAUCUGUACGGUCUGUGCGGACUUUGGGCCAUGCUCAUGGUCCUGGGCUUCUUGGGCCUGGUGCCCGAGGAGCACCGAAGAGAGGGAUCGAUUGCUACCGGCAGCAUCAUGUUGGGCUGGGCCUUGACCUAUCAACUAACUGUAGGGACCGUCUGCUAUUCGUUGGUCAGCGAGAUAUCGACUCGAAGGCUGCAGAUAAAAACGGUGGCCCUUGGAAGAGUCCUCUAUAUCAUUGUUGGCAUUAUUUGCAGCGUUCUUACUCCGUAUAUGCUAAACCCCGGGGCGUGGGAUUGGAGUAACUUUGCUGGCUUCUUCUGGGGCGGUAUCUGUUUCCUAUGCAUAGUAUACACCUACUUCCGCGUUCCCGAGCCGUCAGGGCGUUCGUUUGCCGAGCUGGACAUGCUUUUCCAACGCGGAGUCAGCGCACGCAAGUUUGCCACGACAAAAGUGGACGUGUUCGACGAGGACAUAGAUGGUGAUGUCCUGGACAACUAUUAUCAGAGCACCAAAGCUGAACGCACAGCUAGCUCGAGCGGCCCAUAG